AUGCAUAUCCUAGUUGUCAACGAUGAUGGCCCACCAUCCAAAAAAUUAUCACCCUACGUCCGUCCCCUUGCAGACGCGCUAAAAGAUGCUGGCCAUCGAGUCUCAGUCGCCAUCCCCGCCGCAUCGCGCUCCUGGAUCGGCAAAGCACAUAUCAUCGGCGCGUCGUUGACGGCUACAUAUGUACACCCCGACUCAUUCCGAGAAGAUGGGACAUGGAUCGACGAGAAUGAGAAGGAUGAUACACCCACAGCAGCAACAACAACAACAACGACGACGACGACGACGAUGACGAAUGGCCACCUGCCUCCAACACCCGCCGCGUCAAGUGAACAUCUCAACGUCUCGACUCCAGAUGAUCAGAAUGAGAAUGAGGAAGACUACUGGGCAGUAAUAAGCAACGGCACACCCGCCAGCUGCGCCCAACUUGGUCUUUACGAACUCUUCCCCAACCGCGGCCCCAUAGACCUUGUCAUCUCAGGCCCCAACCACGGCCGCAACGCUUCAACAAUCUACAACCUCUCCUCCGGGACUGUAGGCGGCGCGCUUGAAGCCGCGACAUGCGGCAAGCGAGGAAUCGCAUUAUCAUUCGGAAGUAAAGAUGAGCAACCACCUGCCACAAUCGCGGCGGCCGCCCGGUUAUCGACAAGGGUGAUUGAGCAUCUCUGGCGGAACUGGGAUGAGAGGGUUGAAUUGUAUAAUUUGAAUGUGCCCAUGAGAGAGGAUGUGGAGUCCAGACCGGUUCGGUAUACCCGUGCGUUGAGGAAUGAGUGGACCAAAGGCAGUCUGUACGCGGAGGUUCAGAUUGAAGAGAAAGAAAAGGUGGAGAUACAGCAGAAAGGAAAGUCGAAUAGGAUACGCCAGUUUCAGUGGUCGACGGAGUUGUCGGAUAUUAAGAGGAGUCUGGCCGAGAGUCCGCAGGGGACGGAUGCUAGGACUGUGCUUGAUGGAUUUACGAGUGUUACGCCUUUGAAAGCCAAUUUUUGGCAUCCGGAUGGGUUUAGUGGGGAUUUGCAAUUGGAUUGUUAG